AUGACUUUGUCUUCUCCACCAGCAAUACGAGGUUUUGCAGUGGCGUGUUCAUCAUCUGCUGCUGGUAUAUGCCUCGAAUUACUCAUCGUCCAAUGUGCGAAAGUCGCCUUCAGGAUCGUUUUCUCCGUGAACUUCGUUAAAGUCAAACAUGAGGCUAUGUCGUUUCCACGGAUUCAUAUGUAG